AUGGCGGUCGUCUCACCGUCUCCUGUGCGCGCCCGUGCGAAUCCUGCUUCGUUUGCCCGCUUUCACAGUGCAUCCUCUGUUCCCAGGAGGAAUUUGGCGCACAGGUCGUUGACUGUGCGCAGAGUUUGUAGCGCUGGUGGUAGCUACGCGCAGAGCUUCCGCCGACCUCCCGCCAUCUCCUGCGCCCUUGCGACCCCCCCGGAUCCCGCGCCCUUGGAAGGGCCCGCCAAGGCGCUGGGCGGAACUCCCGUCACCCCCGCUGGAGAGCUCAAUUCGGGGGAAGGAAACGCGAAGACUCUUGACGACUUGUUUGACUCGGAGGUGAAAUCGCGCGACGAGUUCGUGUGGGAGAAAAACUGGUACCCUGUGGCUUUAAUCGAAGACCUCGACCCGAGCCGCCCGACGGCGUUCCAGCUCCUAGGCCGCGACUUGGUGAUCUGGCGCGACUCGCAGGGCAUAUGGCGGGCGCACGCGGACCGCUGCCCGCACCGCCUCGUGCCGCUCUCCGAAGGCCGAUUGGACGAGAAUGGGUUGCUACAGUGCCCGUACCACGGCUGGUCGUUCCGAGGCGACGGGACGUGCGCUGUCAUCCCCCAAGCCUCGGACUCAGGCCCGGAAUCCCGAGCCUGUUCCUCGUCCCGAGCCUGCGUAGCUUCGUACCCGGCCCUGGUUUCCCAAGGGCUUCUGUUUGUCUGGCCGGAGGAAGGGCGAUGGGAGGAGGCUCUAGCUGUCGAGCCGCCGCGAUUGCCGGACGUGUUUGAAGAUGAGGGGUUUUCGAGUGUGACUAUACAGAGGGACCUGUAUUACGGAUUCGAUACGCUCAUGGAGAACGUAUCCGACCCUUCCCAUAUCGAAUUCGCGCAUCACAAGGUCACGGGGCGAAGGGACCGAGCCAAGCCGCUGCCCUUCAACAUCACAUCCAGUGGACCGUUCGGGUUUUCGGCCACCACUGAUACAAGCACACCCGUUACAGUCACACCCGCUAAUAGCCCCGAUACAAGCACACCUGAUACCACCUCUGCUGGUGACGGCUCAACACCUCGUAUUUCCUCCUGGUUCAUGGCACCCUGCUCCUUCUUCAGCCGAAUCGACCUCUUCCCAACUAUCCCCGUUAUAGGCAGGCAGCACUGGCAGCUGUGGAUCUGCUCCUUUAACGUCCCCAUGGGUCCCGGAAAAACGAGGUCUAUUGUUUGCAGCGCGAGGAAUUUCGCCCGGCUGACCGUCCCUGGGGGCAAAUGGUGGCAGCUGUACCCGCGGUGGCUGGAGCAUCUCACAUCAAAUCUGAUCUACGAUGGAGAUAUGAUUGUGCUGCAGGGUCAGGAGAAGGUUUUGAAGGGUGGAGGAGGGGGAGGGGGUGGGGUGCCGUAUAGUAAGCUGACUUACACCCCAGCAGCAGCUGACAGGAUGGUUUUGGCUUUCCGGAACUGGCUUCGUAGGUACGGUGGCGGUGAACCUGCUUGGGAUCCGAGCCUAACUGCAGGUCCGGGAGGCGCCGCACCUCUCCCGUCCACGGUUCUGUCCCGGGCAGAAAUGCUCGACCGGCUCGGGCAGCACACAGAAAAAUGCUCCUCCUGCCGGGCAGCUCUGAAAAAUGUGAGGAGGCUGGCUGCUGUGUUGGCAGGGGCAGCGGCGGUGCUUUUAGCAGCAGCAGCAGCAGUGGCGCCCGGGGAGGUGGUGGGGGUUGGAGGGAAGGCAGGGCUAGCAGUGGGAGCGGUGGUGGCGCUGGCAGGUGCUGCUUGGCUCAAGUAUGAGCUUGAACCGCAUUUUGUUCAUCGGGACUACGUGCAUGCUGACGUGGAGUGA